AUCCCGUCCGAGGUGGCAGUGGCACCCCUCCCCUCGCCCUUUUUCUCCCCCCCUUCUCGUCCUAGCACACACACGCCUCCUCUACUUUUCCUCUCCUCUCCUCUCCCCUCCCUGGAAGAAGAAGAAGACCAAGAACAACAACAAAGAUUAGGAGCUGGUGGUGAACUCGCCUCUGUUCCACGCAGCGAGAUUUGGCUCCGCCGGUGCUUCGAUUUUUCAAGGAUCUCGGGAGACAUGGCCCGUUUUCAGGAAACCAAGCCGGAUCUGUCGAAUUCCGGCAGCGACACGCGGAUGAUGGGCGAGGCCCGCCUCCCCAAGGCGCGGAAGCCCUACAUGAUCACCAAACAGCGGGAGAAAUGGACCGAGGAGGAGCACCGGCUCUUCCUGGAAGCCAUGCAGCUCCAUGGCCGCGCAUGGCGCCGGAUUCAAGAGCACAUAGGCACCAAGACGGCCGUGCAGAUCAGGAGCCACGCGCAGAAGUUCUUCUCCAAGGUCACCCGGGACUCGUCCGGGGACAGCGGCGGCAACAGCAGCUCCGGCGCCGCCGGGCCGCCGAUCCAGAUCCCGCCGCCGCGGCCCAAGAGGAAGUCGGUGCACCCGUACCCGUGCAACCUGAGGAGCGCGCAGCCGGGGAAGCACGCCCACGCGCUGCUGCGGGUCGACAGGCCUCGGCUGUCCAUGUGUGAGCAGGGGAAUGGCUCGCCGACAUCCGUGGUGACCACCUCGCGGAUAGCCCUCGGCUCCGAGAGCUUCGACAGCGACACGUCCACCAUCGACAUUGAAGAGCCAUGCCCCACGCCCAGCACGGGGACAGCUGAUGUCGCUGUGCAAGCGCCACCAACCGACGAUGAUGCUAAGAGAUCCAAAGACAGCGGUAGCAAUUCGGAAGAAGUGGUGUGUGACAACACGUCCGAUGCUCCGGUCCUGAAGCUGUUUGGGAAGACGGUUGUCGUGAACCCUGGUACAUGCAACCUGCAAACUGCAUCAGAUAUGGAACUGGAUACUUCGGCCGAGACACCCACCAGUGCACCAGAAGCAAAAACAUGGAGCCCAUGGCUGGCAAACUCGCAGCAGUUCAUGUACUAUGUUCCUCAGGGGGCAGUCUUCUUCAGCUACAACAAUGGAAGUGCACCGUACCCCAUGCCGUCGAGCCCCAAGGCAGAUCAACAGCACGAGCAACAGGCUUCUGAAGCCGCCGCCGAGCUUAGGCGGAGGGAAGCGUCGUCGAACACGGCCUCCAGCAGUGUGGCUGAAACAACAGCCCGCAAUUCUGCAGAAUCAUGCACUGGAGCGGUCGGCGGUGACGACGAGAUGUCGCAUGCUGCAGGUUUGAGAAAACCUGUGAGCCCGGCUUUCGUCCAGCAGCGAGGCUUCAUGCCAUACAAGAGGUGUGCAGCUGAGACCAGGGCGCUACUGCCCCAGGCUCCCAGGGAGGAGGCGGAUAGAGAGAUGACAAGGCUGUGCUUGUAACUCUGAAGGCCUCUUGAAGUACAGAGUGUUCAUCGGGCGUCUGUAAUCUCUCCCCAUUGGCGGAGGUUCAGAGGUCAAUAGUGACAUAUAUAUAUAUUUUUGGCCUAGUUGUAGUAGGAUCGAUCGACCUGAUGUAAAUUAUCGUAUAGCUCUCAUCAAUCGCCAUGGCAGGAGAAUGCUGCAAGGCUUUCUCAGUUGUAUGUUUUUGACAGAUGAACUAAACACGGACGCCCUACUUGCAAAA